GGCUGAAUUGUGCUACCCACUGGCGAUGAACGAAGUAGCCGGUGGUUCUCUUCCAAGAAGCGAUAGUUCCGUUGCCAUGGAGUCUUCUCCCCCCUCAUCGUCAACCUCUUCCCCGCCUCCCUCCCCUUCGGACGGGCCGAGAAGGCUCACCGUGACGCAGCUGGAGCAGCUUAAGGUGGAGGAGGAAGUAUUCGAGAUCUACCGGAUUCUCCGUGGCAUCGCCCCCCACACCCAGUCCUUCAUGCUAGAGCUUUGGCGUGACACACACAUCGAGUUUUUAACAAGAGGACUCGGACUUCUUGGACCGAGCUAUCAUGUGCUAGAUGCCAAUCGACCUUGGCUAUGCUACUGGAUUAUUCACUCAAUUGCUUUACUGGGAGAACCUCUCCACUCAGAACUUGAGGACAGUGUGGUGGAAUUUUUGUCCCACUGUGAGGACAAAUAUGGUGGAUAUGGUGGUGGACCAGGGCAGAUGCCUCAUCUUGCAACAACUUAUGCUGCUGUUAACACACUUGUUACUUUGGGAAGUGACAUGGCAUUGUCAUCUAUAAAUAGAGCAAAUCUGCUUAAGUUUUUGCUGCGGAUGAAAGAUUCUUCCGGUGCAUUCAGAAUGCAUGAUGGAGGUGAAAUUGAUGUUCGUGCUUGCUACACUGCAAUCUCGGUUGCUAGUAUUCUCAAUGUUCUGGAUGUUGAGCUGGUAAAAGAUCUCGGAAAUUACAUCUUGAGCUGUCAAACAUAUGAAGGUGGUAUUGCUGGAGAGCCUGGUUCAGAAGCUCAUGGCGGGUACACAUUCUGUGGGCUGGCUGCAAUGAUUCUGAUUAAUGAGGCUGAUAGGCUGGAUUUGCCUAGUCUAGUUGACUGGGUAGCAUCUCGUCAAGGAGUGGAGUGUGGUUUUCAAGGGCGAGUAAAUAAGUUGGUUGAUGGUUGCUACUCGUUUUGGCAGGGAGGUGCUCUUGUUUUGGCACAAAGGCUAUCGCCGAUUCUUCACAAACAGCUGGAGUCAUCUUUUAUCGGCCGAGUGCAGGCAUCUGUUGCGUGUAAUAAAUCAUGUAACUUCACUACUGGGGAAACUGGUUUAGAUGGGAACUUAUGUGGAGCUGGAACUUCUCAUGCUAAAAUUGAAGGAGGACUUUCAGAUUUUGGUUUUUCAUUCAUGGAAAAACAAACUGAAUGUGGUCCAUUAUUCCAAAGUAUUGCCUUGCAGCAAUAUAUACUCCUAUGUUCACAGGUACUCGAGGGAGGGUUCAAGGACAAGCCUGGCAAACAACGGGACUUUUACCAUUCAUGUUACUGCCUAAGUGGUUUGUCGGUGUCUCAGUAUAGCUGCUCAAAAGAUGCUAGCGUACCACCACCAACAAGAGCAGUGUUGGGUCCUUAUGCUAACCUGUUAGAGUCCGUGCAUCCUCUCUACAAUGUUGUUCUCAAUAAAUACUACAAAUCACAUGAGUUCUUCUCCUGCCUCUGAUAGCAGCUAUUUUAUCUCAAAACGCAAUCGAUCCUUCCUGAAACUAAUCUCUUUAGACUCCAUUCUGAAGAGAACUCGUAGUCCUUCGAUCCUGCCAAAAGGAUGGUGUAUACCAGAUAAUGAUAUUGAUUAUUUUACCUGGAAUGAAGAGUAUUGUCUCUACCGGUCAUGUUUGCGGUGGCUAAUUACCUGUUUGAUGUAACUUCACAAGAAAAUGAGACUGCAGAGAGAAGAAAACCUCGAGCAUGGAGGAAGAGGUAGCUAACUGUAAUGUAAUUGCACAUGAUUCCAUUGAAUCCUGGUGUAAUGAGAAGCGUAGUUUGCUA